UUACCAGUCGUCGAUCUCGACGUAUUUCUCUCACAGUCCGCGGAAUCUGAAGCAGUUGUACAAGAAUGUAAAAAGGCAUGCGCUCACAUGCAUUCUGACUGUUAUUUCAAGACCAACAACGCUGCCGACGCGUUGAUAACCUAUGGCGCCCUUCUUCUUCACGAUUCCCGUGUCUCGGAAGAAGAUAACUCUGCGUUUCUUGAUCUGUUAGAAGACUACUUCAGUCAGCCAGAGCCAGAGCUGCGGAAAGACGAGAGGCCCGAGCUAGGCUACCAGGUCGGUGUUACGCUCGAGAACACCGAGAAACCGAAAUGUGCGGUGGACGAGCCUUGCUUGAAUGUAAUAGCUCGUCUGGAUCCUGAAGAGCGACCAUUGGAUAUUACGGGUCAUCAGCCCGAUCCCAAAUGCCGGUUCUUCUGGAAGAUGAGCGAGAAGCCGCCAUAUGAGACUCAGUUCCCAGCAUUGAAUGCGCAGAAUGUUGUUCCCCAAGCACAGUUUAUUAGAGAGAGGUGGGAACCAACCAUGGAGAAGUGGGGCAAAUCCAUGAAGGACGCUGUGGAGAAUUUGUGCGAGAUGGCUGCUAUCGGCCUCGGUUUACCUCGCGAGACCUUCAAAGAGGCCGGAAAAUAUGGUCCCCAUCUGCUGGCACCGACUGCCUCCGAUCUACGCAAAUACAAUGAGAAGAAUACCAUAUUGGCCGGCUUUCACACUGAUCUUAAUUUUUUAACCAUCCACGGACGUUCUCGUUAUCCCGGGUUACAUAUAUGGGCCCGAAAUACCGGCAAGCGGAUCCCUGUACAGUUCCCGCCCACUGGCCGUUACCUCCUAGUGCAAGCCGGGAAGCAAUUGGAGCACCUUAGUGGUGGUUUGGUCAAGGCUGGAUACCAUGAAGUAGUCGUAAACUCAUCUACAGUGCAGGCAAUCGAACGUCGGAGCAAGAAGUCCCCGGAUCGUCCUCUCAUCCGUAUCUCCUCAACGUUCUUCUGGCAUUUAUCUUCAGAUUAUGAUCUGUCUCCGAUUUCUUCUUUGGCUUCUCGUGCCAGAUCGGUUAGAGCGGCUGCUCUGAGAGUGGGGGUUCCAGAACAAGAGGCUGACACCAUCUAUGCACCCAUGAAAGUAGGGCAGCAGGUUCAAAACGAACUUCGACAUAUCGCGUUGAUGGCGUGA